CGUCUGGUUCAGUUUUGCUCGUUUUUCACGUUUUCUCGUAAACCAACGCCGUUUGUCAGUCGUGCGAAAUGACGUUUAAAAAAAUUCUCGAGUCUUGCUCUCGUCGCCUAAGUAAACUCAAGGACUAUGGCGCAACUGUCAAUCCGUCUCCUCCGUAUGAAUUCAUGUGUCAGGUUGGGGAUCCUGUCCUGCGAUGCCGGGCAGAGGCAGUCGACCCGGCUAAGGUCACCGGUUAUGAAAUACAAAAGAUCAUUGAUGUAAUGCGCAUUGUCAUGAAUAACAGUUACUCCGCGGGCAUAUCAGCACCUCAAGUAGGUUGUCCAUUGAGGAUUAUAAUGAUGGAGUUCCCCAUGAAGUACAUGAAGCUGGCCGAAGCAGAAGAAGCCAGGACGCGUGCUUACCAGCCUUUUCCGCUAAAGGUGUUCGUCAAUCCUGUGAUGGAAGUUGUAAACAGUCAGAGGCUCGUAUUUCCUGAAGGCUGCGAGAGUAUCCGAGGUUUCACUGCAGAUGUGCCGAGAUACUACGAAGUUAAGAUUUCAGGUCUGAACGAACAAGGGCAGGCUCAUGAAUGGCAGGCAUAUGGAUGGCCAGCCAGAAUAAUUCAGCAUGAGAUGGACCACCUUGAAGGCAACCUCUUUAUUGAUCUCAUGGACUCGCGAACUUUCCACUUCAACUACUGGCAUUUAAUCAAAAAGCUGCCCAAGUCAAGACUGAGACAAUGAUGUGUACUUUUAAAGGAACUUUUCAAAAAUGUGCUAAAGCAUUUUUUAAUAAACAAUCCUUAUAAAAAAUAAGGCUUAAUAAACACAAAUCCUAGUUAU